AUGGCGGAAACCCUCGGCCAAAGUAGAGAACUCCAUGGAUUCCUCUUCAUCACCUGCGUUGUAUUCCUUAUCGUCACCGGCGUUGUCGUUGCAUCGGGCUACCUCCGUCUCGAUCGGUGCCUCCGCCAGAGCAUCACCAAGGCCCUCGUCGCCUUCUACCAGAAGAACAUCUUGGUUCGCUACGACCGGACCCUCCUUGUUGCCGAUCCCCGGCGGUGCGAACCCAAGAAGUUCGGUGGUUGCAGUACUCGCACCAUGUUCCAAAAGUCCUAUUGCUACAAGGCGCUAGAACCCAUCCUCCUGCUCAGCCGUCACCGCUACAAUGGAGUUGACAUGGGCAUCUGCGUCAAGGGCAAAGGCCACACCUCCCAAAGCACUCUCCGAGAAGCAAUUGGCCAUCAAAGAAGCCCUCCGCAGAGCACUCUUCGAGAAGCAAUCAGCCAUCAAAGCCCAAGGCGGCGCCGUGAGGACGUUGAAGGCGGUCGGUGCGGCUAAGAAGCUUAUUGAUUCCCCAGUCGAAGCCUUGAACGCCCUCAAGCUGGAGAAGGCCUCCAUCGAGCGUCAGCUUCACGCACUUCUCUCCUCCACGAACCCUAGCAACGGCAGCGGCGAUGGCGCUCUCAGCAAGGAAGAUUUUCGACAGGCGGUGGUUAACACUCUCGAGCGCCGUCUCUUCUGCAUCCCGUCUUUCAAGAUUUGUCAUGAUGUUGCAGGCUCUACGACUAUGGACCCCCUAGCCGUGCCGUUAAAGCCAAUGUGCUGGCCUUCUAGUCUUAGCAUUUUGUUCUUGAGGAGAGCAUGUUGGAGGUUGAUUGUCCAUUUGUAACCCUAGAAGUUGUACUGAAAGCUUCAGGUCGUGUUGAAUUUGCCCAAAGAGGUAAUUUGCCCAAAGAGGUAACUUCUUUGGGUUCUUUUGCCCAAAGAGGUAAUUUUU